AUGCUUCUUUUCUUUGGGGUGAAACCCUACCUCGUUUUCGAUGGAGACAAUCUGCCCAGCAAGGCAGGGACCGAACAGGAUCGCUAUAAGCGACGUCAGGAAAGCAAGACCCUUGGGCUGGAGUUACAACGGAAAGGCAAGAUGCCAGAAGCUUACCAGGAGUUCCAAAAGGCCGUCGAUGUAACACCCUACAUGGCCCGGCAGUUGAUCGAGGAACUGAAGCAGAUGAAUGUGCAAUAUGUGGUGGCCCCGUAUGAAGCAGAUGCCCAGUUGGUGUACCUGGAGCAACAGGGUGACAUUCACGGAAUCAUAUCCGAGGACUCGGACUUGCUUGUUUUUGGGGCAAAGCGAUUGAUCUCCAAAUUGGAUCAGCACGGGGAGUGCAUUGAAAUAAAUCGCGCUGAUUUUACUGCUUGCCGCGAGGUUAACUUGGUUGGUUUCAGUGAUCCAGACUUCAGAAAUAUGUGCAUUUUGAGCGGUUGUGACUACUUGGCAAAUAUUCCCAAACUGGGACUGAAGACUGCCUACCGGAUCAUUCGCAAACAUCGAAAUGUUGAAAAAGCCCUGCGCAUGCUCCAAUUUGAUGGCAAUUUCCGAGUCCCAGCAGACUACCUUGCCAACUUCAAACAGGCUGAGUUGACCUUCCUCUACCAGCGAGUCUUCUGCCGCAAAGCUGAAAAGCUAGUGACUCUGACUUUACCUGAUGAUGAUGUGAAUUUGGCCGUCCUGCCAUAUAUCGGCGCCGAUAUGGAGCCGCAAAUUGCCGUUGGAGUUUCUCGUGGCGAUCUGGAUCCAACUACUAAGGAACCAAUCACUCUAAAGCCACUAGCCGCAAAUCGAUGGACUCUUGGCAUCAGUCGCCGACUGACAUUGGGUACUUCCUCUGAGUUGAAGCCCAAAAAGUCCAUCAACUCAUUCUUCACCCCGAAGAGGACGCCGCUGGCCGAGCUGGACCCUAAUAGCCUGACCCCGUCUCCGAGCCAGCAACGACUCCUGGAGCGCAAUGCAAACAACACCUGGCAGGCCAAUGCGGCGCCCUUCCGCUCCAACUCGGUCAGAUCCACACCUCUCAGAGCCUUUUCUGACCAAGGCCUUAGCCCUAUGGUUCGGAGUGUGGAACGCUCAUCAUUCUUGGCCCAAAGUGCCAAGUCGUCGACCUUGCAGUGUACAAAGAGACAGAGACUUUGCUCUGAGGUUGAAGGAGAUUCUCUACCUGCUUGUUCCCCUGCUCGUAGUCGGUUUUUUGCUCCUACUUCAGAACAGGAUAGCCCCAGUGGCCAAAAGCCCUUUCGGUCAAAACGGUCACGCAAAUCAGUAGGCGGUGUCUUCUCUGAUGAAAUGGCAGAAGAUAUCAUGUCCAGAAUUCCAGAUCCCAGUACUACGCCUUCGUCUGCUGAGUCUAGACGCAAGAACAACCUUGAGAUAUCUGGCAAGCCCAGUGAAGUUGAAACUCCUCCUAGCUCCAUCUCCAACAAAGCCGUGAUGACCGAGAACCUCGAAACAUCUCAGGACAGUCCCGGGGAUGCCACACCGAGCUCCCCAGGUUUCAGUCAGGCUCUUGACCAUCACGUUGACCGACAAAACUCAAAUGUACUGUCCAAGUUUACUUUUCAAGCGGGGCAAAAGCCCGACACAGCCGCAGCCAACUCUAUGACGACUAAGACUCCUGCGGUUCAGACUUCUCAACGACCUUCAAUGCCCUCGACCCCCAGAAGCCCAGCCGCGAUUGCACGGAGCAACUUGUUUCAACGACGCCUGACGCCACUCCAGCGGAUGGGGCAAUCCGCUCUCCGUCGAUCUAACACCAUCAACAUUCCUACUAAACUCCGGGAUGCCGAAGCCUCUGAACCUCUGAUUGAAGCUUCUUCUCCUGUUACACGCAAAUGGUCCUCUUUUGCGGGAACCCAAGGCAGCGAAGAUCUGAUUGUCCCGGACAGUGAGGAUGAUGAAGACGAGGAUGAGCCAAGCACAGGGCACUUUACUACUCUUGAUCUCAAACGCUUUUCUUUCGCCGCAAAGUAG